AUGUCCUCGCGGGGCACCAAUCCCACAAUCGAAUCACCUAGCGUACAGCUUCUUGACGAUGACGAUCCGUCAAUACAUCUGGAAGCACGGGGUACCAAUCCGAAGAUGGCAUCGCCCAAGCCCCGGCUCGUGUCAUCUCGAGGUACCGAUCCCGAGUCCAAGUUGCCCCAGGUGCAAGGGCUCGAAGACGAGGCCUCGUGGCCCGAUUCCCAUUUGAUGUUCUCUCGAGGAACGAACCCCAAAGCUGAAUCGCCCAGGUCGCAGCUAGUAGAGGACGAUGCUCCGGGUAUCCUGGCAUCACGGGGUACCAAUCCCAAAAUCGCGUCACCCAACUCCCAUGUCAUGACGUCGCGGGGCACGAAUUCCAAGGCCAAAUCACCAACGGCGCGUAUGCAUGAAGAUAACGGGGAUGCCCCGGAAGUUCUACGAGCACGAGGGGCAAAUCCCAAGAUCGCAUCGCCCAACUCCCAUCGUGCAUCCCCGCGGGGCACCAAUCCCAAACCGCCCGGAUCCCUGAUCUUCAAGCUCCAUUCUCGCGCAGACGUGGACAGCGUUGCCCGUGUCAUGGAGGCGCUAGGAGGGCGGGUGCGUAGACGGCUCGACUACUCUGCAUUCAAGGCAGUGUCUGCGGACCUCCCCAGCCAAGACGCGGUCGAGCAGGUUACCAAGAUGCCGAGCGUCACCGGCACUUGGCCGAUCAAGGAGGAGAGAUCGUCCACGGACUGGCUGCGUCGCGCCUCCACCGGUGCAGACAACGCGAAAGAGCUCACAAAGCGGCAGCUGCCAGUCGUCUCCUUGGGCGACGAAAGAUCCGCCAAUGUGACUCUGACAUCCCACAUUGCCAGCCAGGUGGACAAGCUCCACGCCAGGGGCCUCACGGGGAAAGGCUUCACCAUUGCCAUUGUUGACAGCAGCGUGGCUUGGGCGCACACCGCUCUAGGUGGAUGCGUAGGAGCGGGCUGUGUCGCUCACUUUGGCAAUGUUCACAAUGGAACCGUCCCGGCGCCAAGGGAUGCGAAUGACCAUGGCCCUGCCGCAAACUUGAGCGACAUCGUCUUAGCGCAAGCUGAUACGCAUCCCUUGGGGUACUCAGGCGUGGCACCCGGUGCCAAAGUUCGACUGUACGCCCCAUCCAGAAAUAGACGCCACACGCUCUACCUGGACGAUGUGCUGGAUGGUAUCUACCGCGCAUAUGGCGACGGAGCCGACAUCAUCGUCGUUUCGAACCAUGCUUCCCAGGGCGGUUGGCCCCAAAGUCCCUUUGCGGCUGCUGUGGCCGACCUUGCGGCCCGUGGCGUCGUCGUCAUCGUCGGUGCCGGCGAUGGUGGCCAGCAGGGCAUGUUUUCGCAGUCGGAUCCGUCUGCCGCGGCGGGCGCCAUUUCCGUCGGCACCAUGGGCAAUAGCGUCCAGGCCUCCGUGGCAGAGGCUGGCGAAGCGCGGUACGUUGUCAGUCGCCCGGAUGACCUGUCGCCGCACGAAGUGGCCUUUGACUACUUCCCGACCCGGUACAUGUACAACAGAGAAUUCAGAAGCACGCCGAAAAAGGUGUAUUCCACCGUUCGUCACGACGCCCUCGCCGGAGAUGCAUGUGAGCCGCUUCCGGAGACGACUCCAGACCUGAGAAACAAGAUUGUCCUUGUCCCCACGGGUGGGUGUGACGUCUUGGUCAAGGUGCGCCAUGUCGCGAGCAAGGGCGCCGAAGCGGUUCUUCUGUACCCGGGGUCAGAGGCGCCGCUUCCCACCCGCCUUGACCUGAGCGAGGAAGAUGACACGCUGCCUACCAUUGGCAUGGUCAAGUCCUGUACCGCAGAAGACAUCAUCAACGCCAUCAAGACGGGAUCGCGCGUGGAUGUGACAUUGCCAGAUCCAGGCAAGCCGACGCGCUGGGUAUAUUUUACGCAGCCAGUGGAAGCGGCCAUCAGCGACAAGACAUCAUGGGGCCCGAGUUGGGACCUGGGCCUGAAGCCGCAACUCCUCGCGGUAGGCGAGUCGAUCCUCACCGCGACACCAACUGGGUACAGUCUCCGUUCAGGAAGUGCUCUGGCAGCUGCGUUUGUCGCAGGUGCCGUCGCUCUCCUAGGCGAGGCGCGGGGCUCCCUGGACCCAGCCGUCGUUCAGAGCCUGCUGGUUUCCAACUCGCAGCCCCAGCCCUUGCGGACGGCAAAUGGCUUCAUGCCCUAUCUUGCACCGGUUGCGCAACAAGGAGGCGGCCUGCUACGGGCCUAUGAUGCCGCGUACUGCACGACAAUCCUGACGCCGUCGAGCUUGAACUUUAAUGACACCGAAAGCGACGUGCGAGGGAUUGACUUUGUGAUCCAGAAUGGUGCCACGAUCGAGGUGGUGUAUACGUUGGCUCAUUUUCCUGCGCUCACGGCCUACGCCUUCCACUCUGACGGCCAACUGGACGGCUUUCCGAAAAGGGGGCCGGAGACGGUGCCGAGCUUUGCCAGGCUAUUCUUGAAUCAUACCACCGUGACUGUUCCGGCGGGAAAGUCUGUUACCGUCCGCGUGAUGGCAUCUGACCCCAAAGGACUCGAUGCCAGUCGUCUUCCCGUCUGGUCUGGCUAUAUAUCGAUUAACGGCUCUGAUGGCUCGUCUCUUUUCCUGCCUUACCAGGGCAUCGCCGGAUCCAUCCGUAAGCGUCGCGUGCUGUCCGCAGACAGCGUUGACCUCUGGGAAGGAGGCGUCAACCGCGGGCAGUCGUCAGGACUCGUCGCCACCUUUUCGCGAAGCGGUGACCUCUUUCGCAAGCCGUCGGGCUACGACUUCGGCUUCGCAAUUACACCCGACGCCGGUAUCUCGCAGAUCCAGGCCUACGUCGCGGCGGUACCAUCAGGGCCAGGUCAUGCUACGAGCCAACCAAACUCGACAGCGCAUACUGCGCCCACGGAGAGGCAACUGCAUGGGUUUCCGCAGUUUUGGAAGCCCAAGGACGUUAAUUUCUUCACGUGGGACGGCAUGCUGGACUCUGGCGAGUACGUGCCCGAGGGAGAGUACAAGUUUGUCGUCCGGGCUCUACGAAUUUUUGGGCAUGCCGACGACGCCCGUGAUUGGGACACGAGUGACUCUGCACCAUUUCAUGUCAAGUACAACAGCACGUAG